AUGGCAUCAUCGGCGCGUGAAGAAAACGUCUACAUGGCGAAACUUUCCGAACAGGCGGAGCGUUACGAAGAAAUGGUUCAAUUCAUGGAGAAAGUUUCCGCCGCUGUCACGGACUCCGAAGAACUUACAAUCGAGGAACGCAACCUCCUCUCCGUCGCAUUCAAGAACGUCAUCGGCGCCCGCCGCGCUUCGUGGCGUAUCAUCUCAUCGAUCGAACAGAAGGAGGAGUCUCGCGGCAACGCCGACCACGUAUCUGUGAUCAAGGACUACAGAUCGAAGAUCGAGAAGGAGCUUUCCGACAUUUGCGAUGGGAUUUUGAAACUGCUCGAAUUGAGACUCGUUCCAUCCGCCGCCUCCGGUGAUUCGAAGGUGUUUUAUCUGAAGAUGAAGGGAGAUUACUAUCGCUACCUCGCUGAGUUUAAAUCAGGCGCUGAACGUAAAGAGGCCGCAGAGAACACUCUCACUGCCUAUAAGGCCGCUCAGGAUAUUGCUAACACUGAACUUGCAUCAACACACCCAAUCCGACUUGGACUUGCUCUUAACUUCUCAGUCUUUUACUAUGAGAUUUUGAACUCACCAGAUCGUGCCUGUAGUCUUGCUAAACAGGCCUUUGAUGAAGCAAUUGCUGAGCUGGACACAUUAGGAGAGGACUCCUACAAAGACAGCACUUUGAUCAUGCAACUCCUUCGUGACAAUCUUACAUUGUGGACCUCUGAUAUGCAGGAUGAGGGAGGAGAUGAAAUUAAGGAAUCAGGUGCUUCCAAACAAAGUGAAGGGGAAAAACAGUAGUGAUGUUUUUUUUGAUAAAGUUAAGGUUUUUGUUUUGUUUACGUUUUCUAUUAGUAGGAAUGUGAUUGAUUUAUUUUCUCUUUAUUAGGUUCUACUUACUAUUACUAUUGAAUGAAUUUUCAAUGCUCAGUUUUGUCAUGUCACAUGUGAUGAUUUCUUGUUGUUAUUGAAGUUAGCUGAAUGAGUUAUUGAUUUGCA